CCUCAAGAGAGACCCACCAUCUAUUCCCAUUUUCCCCUAAACUGGAGAGCAUUUCUUCAAGUUCUGUUCCGCCGCAGCCCACUCGAAAAAUGUCAGACUAUCUUCCAAACGAGGUCAUCAUCGAUAUCUUGAAGAGACUGCCUGCGGAUUCACUCAUCAGAUGCAGAUGCGUUUGCAAGUCAUGGUACUCUCUAAUCUCCACUCCUCAUUUCAUCACCAACCACCUUAAUUUUAAUCUUUCCAAACCCAAAACCCAACACCAACUUCUCUUUCGCCAUUUCGACCAUAAUCUCCACAAACACCGCAUCACUCUGCACUCCUCCAAUGACCCAUUUCCUCGCAACCAUUUCUCCAAGUACCUUAAAUAUAGCUUCUUAGCCAUUCAUAUAAGUCACCUUUGUCUCGACCGCGAAGUAGAAGAUAAAGGCGGUUUCUUCGCAUACCCAUCAGAUUUCGUUGAGUUAGAUUGCUCAUACGAACGCAUCAACCAAAUUUCAACAAUUGUAGGCUCAUCUAACGGCUUACUUUGUCUCACAGAUCGAUAUCGAAACGAUUCCCAAUAUCAAAAUCUCUAUGUUCUCUGGAACCCUUCUAUUCAUAAAGCGAUUUUCCUUCAGGAACCUGACUUCAGAUUAAAUUCUAACCGUCACUAUGCACUUUCUCACGGGUUUGGAUAUGAUCCUGCAACUGAUGAUUAUAAAUUGGUGAGGGUUGUGUACGUUGAUGGCAGUGUUCCGCCUCAGGUUGAGAUGUACACCCUUCGCAGUGGCGGGUGGCGAUACCUUACUGCCUCCGGUCCUGCCAAUGUAAUUGCUGACCGGACCUUAUCGGUUUUCAUGAAUGGAGUGGUUCACUGGCUGGCUCAAACUUCAAAUGGUGAAGGAAAUAUUCGAAAUUUGAUUGUGGUGUUUGAUAUUGGACAUGAGGUAUUUGAUGAAAUGCCUGUGCCUAAGAGUUUGGAAGGGAUGGAACAUUUGAACAUGGAAGUUGCUGCGGUUGAUGGGUUGCUUGUGCUUGUCCCGUGUAAUGGAAAUGUGGGGGAGGAAUCUUAUAGCAUUUGGGUGAUGAGAGAGUAUGGAGUAGUGGAAUCUUGGACUAAGAUAUUGGAUAUUGACGUUGGAGUAGGAUUAAGGAGGGUGGUAGGUUUUACAAAGAAUGGUGAAGUUCUAGUGAUAAAGGAUGGAAAUUUGCUUUCUUAUGAACCUAGUAGCCAAGAAAUUUUCAAUCCUCACAUUCGAAGUCGAACUGAGUCCUUUUAUUUGAAUACUUAUGUGGAGAGCCUUGUUUUGCUGAAUGGAGCAGAUGGAGAGUGAGAAGGCAGGUUAAUUCGUCUAGUGUUUGUGAGGGCAAAUUGAUCAGCUGUGACUAAGCAUGAAAUGAUGAAAAGGUAACCUAUUGAUAAUAGACUGCAGUGGUUUAUGGUUUAUUGGAUUUGCUUAAACUCUUCUCAUGUUAUAUAUAGAACUGUAUCAAUUUUUAUUUAUUUUAUUUUAUGAGAAAGAGUUGUAUCAAAACUCCAAAGUAAAUAAAUCAAAUAUAUCAUCUAAGUUCAUUUUUGUUA